AUGUCAUUAAGAAGCUGUGUGAUACGAUCUGCUAGACUACAAGUGAUACGGAAUGGUAUAAGGUCUACCCCAACAAUAUGUCAUCAUAGAUUUUACUCUGAUUCAUCAAAUGGUAUCAAAAGACAUACAUUUUCAUCAUUAGGUAAUGAUACAACUAAUAUAUUUAAUAAUAAUAAUGAUGAUGAUGGUGAAGCUAACCUUUUGAAAAAUCAUAUACCAAUAGAUAAAUGUACAUCAUGUGGUAUUACAUUACAAGAAACAGAUCCACAAAAACCAGGUUUUUUUAAGAAACCUGAAUAUCAAAAACCUACACAAAAUAAAUCAGAAAUUGAAUUUAUGAAAGCUUUUAGUAAAUUAGAUGAAGAAAAUAAAGCAUUGUUAGAACAAGAAAUGGGGAUUUCAAAUUUUAAUGAAAGGAAAGAAAGAAAAAGACAUAUGAAAAGAAAUUCUAUACUAGAUGAAGAUUAUAAUGAACUUAAUGUUAAAUGUACUCAAUGUUAUGAUUCAUUAUAUCAUAAUAAAUUAUUUUUGAAAGAAGAUAGAGAAUCAAAUUAUAGCGAAGUCAUGUCCAAAAUCCCAACAAAUGCGCAAAUUGUGAAUGUUAUUUCUGCUUAUGAUUUUCCAUUGGGGUUAAUGGAUUUCCGUAAAUCAUCAUAUGAAAAGGGAAGACAAACUAAUGUUUCAUAUGUUGUUAAUAAAGUUGAUUUAUUAUUCCCUACUUCAAAAGCUGUUAGAUCAUAUGCUCAUAAAUAUUUUGAAAAAGUUAUUGAAAGAGUUACAGGAACUUCAAAGGCAACUUUAGUUAGUGCUCAACAUAAAUGGUAUGUUGAAGAUUUAUUAGAUAAAUUACCUUUCACUUCAUAUUUAGUUGGAUUUGUCAACUCGGGUAAAUCAUUAUUAGCAACUGAACUAAGAAAUAAAGCUAUUCAUAGAGUUGAUAAGUCUAAAGCUUAUUUAAAAGCCACUGGUUCAUUUCAUAUUCCAGCACUUACCAAGGAUAAUAUUGAAGUACCAUUAGGUAAUAAACUUACAAUUGAUACACCGGGGAUUUUACAACCUUUAACAGCUUAUGAUCAUGUUCAAGAUAAAUUUGUAAAGAAUUUCCUUGGUGGUGUUUCAUUUAUUGCUGAUAGAAUGAGAAAAAUGAAAUAUGAUUCAGUUCAUGGUGGGAAAUGUUAUACAAUGGGUGGAUUAUUUUAUUUAUUACCACCACAGGGUACACUUUUACAAGUGUUGGCACCAAAUAAAGGUAGUGCAAGAAUUGCAUCAAGUUUAAAUAGAGCUAUGGAAAUUGUUAGAGAACCUGCAAAUGGUGUUAAAAAUAUUUAUGUUAAACCUGAAUCUGUUGAUAAAUUGAAAAGAUAUGUUAUACCACCAUUUUUCGGUAAAAUUGAUUUAGUUAUUAAAGAUUAUGGGUUUGUUCAAAUCAAACCAGUUGGUAAGAAAAUUACAAAUGAAUUAUUUGAAGUUUGGGCACCAGAAGGUGUUAUUAUGUGUGUCAGAAGAUCCAUAGUUGAUUAUAUUACCAAGAAUAAGUUUUAUGAUACACAGAGACAUCCAAUACAACCAGGUGACUUCAGAAGAGCUCGUUAUAUUGAACCAACACCAAUCCCAGAUGAUAAAUUAUUUACUCGUUUAUAUGAGAUUCCUAAAGAUUGUGAUAAUACUUUUGAAGAAAUGGAACGUCAAUAUUCAGAAAUUUUAGAACAAGAAGGCUCAACAUUUUCACGUCCUGAGCUUCAAACAAACAAAGAAAAUCCUGAUUUCAAAUACUGGAUCGAAAAAUUGUAUAAAUAG